AUGGCCGCCAAUGGACUGGGGACAAAUCUAGUUCCGGAUCACAAUCUUGGUAUCAUAUCUUGGCCUCAACCUGACAACGCAAUGUCGCAGCUUGACGCAGUAAUUGCAGACACAGACGACGCGAUUCUGGCUGGAAUGAGUGAGAGACUAGAAGAUUAUAUUCGAACAUCUGGAUAUCGUGGUCUUUCUCGUGAGAACAUACUUAAAAUAUCCAGGAUACUAGCUGCAACAUAUCAAGCACCUGACAAGCCAAAAACUACCAAUAGCGUCCUAGCACCUCUCAGCGGAGGCUAUGACAUCGAUGAUCAGAAAAACUUUAACAAGACCGUUUUCAUUAACGUAGGAACUGGGAAACAACGAGGCCAAUUCACAGCAAUGGCUGGAUUAUUGGCCACGCAAGCUAAAUUCUUCAAACCUCUGUGUUCUGAUAUAUGGAAAUGUGGUCGUGAAGGUGUCAUCUCACUCGAAGACUACCAACCUGAAAGUUUCGAAAUAUUCCUUGCAUGGCUCUACACUAAGGAUAUUAGAAAUGCUAAAUGCCUGGGGAAAAAUAUCGCUCGUAGCAAUACUCACUUUCGAAUACAAGCCCAUAAGUAUAAAUGGUUCCAGUUACUUCGUUGCUACUUUCUUGCCGAUUAUAUUGGAGCACCGAAAUUUGCCAAUUAUAUGAUGGAUGCAUUAACCUUGGCUUAUAGAGAAUGGGUGCGCGGUGGAUUUGUCAAGUCGGCGAAAGACCCUCUUUUCAACAAGACAGAGGAGACUCAAAAGCUGGUGGAUAGCAACACAGUCGAAUCAUCACCGCUACGAGCUCUGAUCAAGGAUAUACUCUUUCCCUCUGUUGAAGAGAGACAAAAUCCCGUUCCCGUUACCAUUUACCGACAUCCGAGAGCACCUCCUUCUUUCCGUAGAGCCAGACGUGGACCUCAUAAUCUCUUAGUUCCUGAUCCUUUACUUCCGCCGCAUGGCCAAAAUAUUUAA